AUGGAUGCUGGGAAUCAUCAGUCCAUAGACCAGCGUAGUAGCCAUUGGGUCUUAGCGCCUUAUUCACCUUGUGCUUUCAUUUCUAGGUAUCUUGAAGACGAAUAUCUUCUUAACUGCCCUAAAGAUGAGAACACUGUAAGCGGCCUUGGAAAACUUCCGCUUAAUUUUAAAUUCUAUGACGAUAUAGCAGACCCUGCGCAACCGGCAUUUCAAGAGCUUCCAACCGGGGAGCCUCUGAGUGGUGCCAAGACAUAUCAGUCCUUGAUGAAGUUUUUUACAACGCUUAACAUCACGCCAAGUGAAUUAAGGCAGGAAGCUGUUAAGAGACGGGAUGAGCUUUAUCAACAGGCUGUCGAAGUUGCUAAGUCGUACACUGGAGAGGAGACUGAAGUACUCGCUGUGCCUGCUUUCCAACAAGUUCUGCGACAUGCUAAUAUGUCGUUCAACAGUAAGCCGUUUCCAAGCAACGAGAGUGGCAACGAUGCCUUUAUAAAGUGUAUCGACUCUAAAAGUGCGCAAGCAUACUGCCCUGAGCGAUGGAAAGCCAUGCAGCUGUGGAUUAAGAACACUGACAAAACCAUGAAAAAUAACAUUGCGCCAGUCAUCAAGCCACUCUUUUACGAAACUGGUGCUAAGAAAACCGUCCCAGCUUGUCCAGUGGACUGCGUAGCUUGGUUCCAACCUUAUGCAAGUUUCCAUAGCUACAAUCCUGGCGAUAAAGACUGUGAACCUAAAGCUACUCAAGAACUGCCGUUUUUCGUGGACAAAUUUGGUCCAAAAUGGACAGAAUUUACCACCACGGCCCAUGAACAACUGCCUGGGCACCAUCUAGAGGUUCAUAGUUUUAUCGAGUAUUUUGAAGGCGACUGCACGGAUCCAAUCCACUGGAUGAGCGUCCCUAAUUUUUUCGUAGGCUUCACCGAAGGCUGGGCCACCUAUAUUGAGUACGAGCUGCUACCUCAAGACACCAACCUCUACUCAAACACUUUGAACAAAGAAGUACUGCUACAAAAGUACGGCAUGAUUUACUAUCAGCUAUUAGCCGCUGUCCGUGCUAUUGUGGACAUCGAUCUCAAUUUUGACAAAAAGUCAAAAUCGCAAGCAGAGGACAUGUUCAGGCAAUAUCUAUGGGAAGACAAGACUGAUAUAGCCAACAACGACAUCCUGAGAUCGCAAAGUAUCCCUGGAUUUGUAACAAGUUAUAUGAUUGGCCAGAUGGAAUUUUCCCGCGUCAGAGACAUAGCUGAGACCGAGCUUGGAACAGAUUUCGAUUUAAAGGAAUUUCAUUACGAGGUGCUACGCCAAGGGGAGUUUCCCUUGCCAUACCUAGAGGAACACAUACGAGCUUACAUCGCUUGCAAGAAAGACCCGACUACUGAGGGUUGCAAAGAGUUUUAAGAUACGUCGUGAUUUAGGCAAUUUGUGAUCGAGUUGAAUUUAGCAAAAUAAGAAUCAUAAAAUGUGUCUUAUCUGUGCCCCCCUCCAAAAACUGUUGCGUGAAACAUGCGGGUGUACUAAUUUCUUCGCAAUAUCACACGCAUCGACAAGGUACAAAUGUUUGCUUCUUCUAGCUGCCUUCUAAGGCCCUUGUUGUACUCAGGCGGAGAAAUUUAAAAACGCAGCUUUAUUUCUAAGGUUAGGCCUACCGUCCACACUCAAUCCGUCACGAGAACUGA